AUGAAUUACGACGGCCCAGAAGUUUCAAGACGAGGCUCCAGAAGCCGCGCUCUCGAAAGAUCCCUCAGUUACUCAGAAGCUAUUGGUAAUGGUUCACAGAGAUCAUCCAUAGAAAUACCAAAUAUCGGUUUCACGGACGUCUAUACAAACGAGGAACUCAAAAAACAAUACAGAAUAUCACAAACUUACGUUGAAGGCAAAGAAAUCGCUUUCCCAUCAGUAGUUACAAACUUUGAUACUAAAAAUUAUUUACAAGUACCCAUUGCGUAUGAUAGUUCACAAUCAUCUUCUCGUUACUCCAGUGAAGAUGAAGGUCUGACCAUGACUGUGAGCAUUGAAGAGGAACCAAGAACUUCUGACAUGUCAAAGCAUUAUUCUGAAAUGUCAACACUACCUAUAGCCAGUUCAAGUAACACUGAUGAACAUGUUUAUGACAAAAUUGAGACAGUCAACACUGAUGAAAGCACCUAUGAUGAGAGCCAGUAUACGACUCCUACUGUCAAGUAUGGUACUCCGUACAGUCGUCGAAGUAAGAAACUUUUUCACAGGCGUACAUACGGCAGGCCCCUACGUUCAAAACGAGCGGUCUUCAAGAACGGUGAAGAGAACGUGCCUGUUCGCAGUAACAUACCUGCCAAGUCUAUCAAGUAUAUGAGGGACAUUGUUAACACUGUAAUAAACAGCAAAUGGCGGUUCAUCCUUAUCCUAGUAGUGAUUUCUCACUUCACCUUCUGGUUCCUGUUCGCUGCCAUUUGGUUAGCAGUGGCUUCGUCAUACCAAGAUGAUAUCGGUGAUGGGAAGGAGCACUGUGUCACUGGUACUCAAAGCUUUGCUGGAUUGCUGAUGAUGUCUGUGGAGACUCAGAUGACGAUAGGUUACGGCGCCAGAUUUCCCAACGAAGAGUGUCCAGAAGCCAUAAUCAUCAUGGUCUUGGAGAUCGUGGCUGGCACAGCCCUCUCUGGAGGUCUGACUAGUUUAUUAUACGCUAAAAUGAUCAGGCCGAACAGACACGUGUCUUCUGUUGGCUUCAGCAAGAAAGCUACCGUGUGUCUUCGAGACGGUGAACUUUGUUUACAAUUCCGAGUAUGGGAUUUAAUGCAUAUGCAUUUAAUUGGCAGUACCAUCACCGCUUAUAUGAUGAAACCUAUCAGGACUAUUGAAGGAGAGUUUGUCCAGAACUAUAUCCAGCAGAUGGAGCUGAAACAAGCCCGCGCGUUUCUCCUGUGGCCGAUCACUGUAGUCCACGUCAUCGACUCCAACAGCCCACUGUACGAUUUAUCAGCGCAAGACAUGAUGGACUUCAGGUUCGAGAUAGUUGUCUGCCUGACGGGUACUUCUAAGAACAUGGGCAGCACAACACAGAGCAGGACGUCUUAUUUGUCCAAAGAGAUCAUCUGGGGAUACAGAUUCAAGAAUGUUGUACACUACAGCAAAGCCGACGAAGCAUACAAAAUUGACGACGACAAUCUGAACACAGUCGAACAAGUUGAUACUCCACUUUGCAGUGCGAGCUGUCUCAAGGAAUUCGAAGCAGAAGUCAAGGGGUCCACCAACAUCCUCAACGCCCCUGACAGUCCCAUCGCGUCACUUCGAGAAGACUGUUCAACACCUUCUAGGUUUGACUCUUUGCACUCAUCUCCUAACCUGAACAGAACCAACAUGCAGAGGAGUUUCGGAUGGAACUUUAAGAGGUUUUAUCCUGACAGAUAUGGAGUCAAAGAUGUUAAAGAAAAAGGUAGAAAUACAGAACUUAUAUAA